GAGAAGACGCAACCAUAUUGAAUGGGUUAGACUUAAAUGUUCCCCAAGGUAAAACAGUAGCCCUGGCAGGAUCUAGCGGCUGUGGUAAAUCUACUAUCGUCCAGCUAUUGGAGAGGUUUUACGAUCCAACCUCUGGAAAAGUUUCUUUGGACGGCGACGACCUCAAAAAAAUGACGCUCUCCUCUUUACGGUAUGGGCAUCGUAUCUCAGGAACCGAAUUUGUUUUGCAAAACUAUAGGCGACAAUAUAGCUUACGGCGACAACUCCAGAGAAGUUGGUGAAGACGAAAUCAUCGAUGCCGCCAAGAAAGCAAAUAUUCACAACUUCAUUUCAUCACUGCCAUUAGGUUAUAACACCAAACUAGGGGAAAAAGGAACUCAAUUAUCAGGAGGCCAGAAACAGAGGAUAGCAAUUGCCAGAGCCUUGGUGAGGAAUCCUAAAGUUUUGCUGUUAGACGAGGCAACCUCCGCUCUCGACACUGAAAGCGAAAAGGUUGUUCAGGAAGCACUGGACAACGCAAAACAAGGAAGAACUUGCAUCACCAUUGCUCACAGAUUGAGCACGAUUCAGGACGCGGACUUGAUAUGCGUCAUAGAUGGCGGAAAGGUGGCAGAAAAAGGGACACACCACGAUUUACUAGAGAAGAGGGGUUUAUAUUUCAAGUUGCACACUCUUCAGCAUAAAUAG